CACUCUUAUCAAAGUGCAGACGACAGGUUGUCACAAUAUCUGCAGACGACAGUAAAGCGACAACAAUCAUGGACACAGGACUGUGUGUCACGCUCUGUGUUGCUGCAGCAAUCUACUUGGUUACAAGUUCCACCGUCUCCUCUGAGCAGCUUGGCGAUUCUCCCUACGUGAGCAAUGGAAGCUUAACCUUUAAAAACCGGACGUUCUAUUUAGAUGAUACUGAGAUACGGAUUGUGGGCGGUAGUCUGCACUAUUUCCGGAUCGUUCCAGAAUACUGGUGGGACCGGAUGCGGAAAAUGAAAGCAUGUGGACUCAACUCACUCACACUAUAUGUUCCUUGGAAUUUGCACGAGCCUCAUCCCGGAAAAUUCAAUUUCGAUGGAAUACUGAACUUGCGGAGAUUCAUUGAGAUGGCACAAAGAGCGGGACUAUACGUCAUAUUCCGUCCGGGGCCGUACAUCUGCUCCGAGUGGGAGUUUGGAGGACUUCCGGCAUGGCUGUUACGAGAUCCUGAUAUGAAAGUGAGGUCAAGUUACCCAGGUUACCAAACUUAUGUCAGAAGUUACUUCUUCCGGUUGAUCGCAGAAAUAUCGGAUUUGCAGUAUCACAGAGGGGGGCCUAUUAUCGCCGUGCAGGUCGAAAACGAGUUUGGUUCCUACAGCAACGAUACACAACAUUUGCUGUUUCUGAAGCAGACAAUGGAGGAGUACGGUAUACGUGAAAUGUUCUUUACUUCCGACGGGUUCUACAAUUACACAGAGGGACUCAAUGGGUUAGACAACGCCCCAUUCUACACAGAGGCACUACCUACAGUGAACUUCCAGGACAUCGUCCAAGGGGAACAACUCUUCGAUAAAGUGGAGACACUUGAUGAUGACUUCCCCCUGAUGGUGACGGAAUACUGGUCGGGGUGGUUCGAUCAGUGGGGCGACCAACAUCAUACUCAAUCGCUCGAUGACUUUGGUAGCACCGUGGCGGCCAUUUUGAAUCGAUCCGCCUCGAUAAAUUUCUAUAUGUUCCAUGGAGGGACAAACUUCGGCUUUAUGAAUGGGGCAAACUGGGACUUUGAAAAAAAUACCCUUAAGACUGACGUCACUUCCUAUGAUUACGAUGCUCUGUUGACCGAAGCUGGAGACACGACAGAGAAGUACAGAAUCGCGAGACAGUUGAUCCACAAUGCCAUUCCCGAGACGCCUCGAUUUGACAUUCCUUACGACACGCCCAAAGAAGACUGGGGUCGUGUCCACAUCCAAGACUUCAUGUCGUUAGAAAACAUCAUAAAAAUACCUCAGAAAUUCCGGAUGAAUAGAACUGUUCCCAUGGAGCUUCUCCCGCUACACUCGAUGGACGGGGUUACGUUUGGGGGACAGAGUUAUGGCUACAUCUUAUACCGGGUUAACAUCACCCACGGGCAUAACCUGACCUUCACCGACUUCCCCAGGGACAGGAUCGAGGUUUUCGUUGAUGGUCACUCCGUAGCUGUGUUGGAGGGAAUGGUGGAUAAUGUGGAUGUGAACAUUUCACUGGGACUUUAUACUGAAGCGUUUCCGAGAGAAAGGGUACUGGAUAUUUUGGUUGAGAACAGAGGACGUGUGAACUACGGAACUAUGGAAAAGACGGUGCUUGACAAGCAGCGGAAGGGUCUGGACAACAACUGUCUCUUGGACGGAGAGUUGCUGGACGACGUCGAGAUUUACCCUCUGGAAUUUGAUGAAGACUUCUACAAGAGGUUGCAGGAUCGAUUUGUCUGGGGAAAGUAUAUCGGUCAGAGCGACCUCCCCGGAUUUUAUCGAGGCCGGAAGUUCAUUGCUAAUACACCGCUGGACUCCUAUCUAAAUAUGAAGGGAUGGACCAAAGGCUUCGUGUACAUUAACGGAUAUAAUCUGGGUCGUUUCUGGAAUGAAGGGCCCCAGCAGACACUGUUUGUACCGGGUCCUUACCUAAGGCAGGGAUUUAAUGAGAUCCUGAUAUUCGAACACCACAAGUCACAUGACAGUGUAUCAUUUCAAGAAACAUACAUUUUAGAUGAACUUCAUCUAGACGAGUCUACAGUAUGACGCCUAGUAUACUCCUAUGGAUAAUUUCACGGUUACGAAUGCUCUCUAAACCAACAACUUGCUGUAUUUGACGGUUGACAAAAUACUUGUAUGGCGCAUGCCUGACCCACUUUCCCCUACACUGACUAGCGGAAAGUAGGUCAGGCCUACGCCAGACAGAAUUGUGCCACUGUAGCGGGUAGGUCAUGUAAUUCGAUCAACUGUUUCAAGUCUAGCCUGAGAAUAUAUACUUUUCUGUUUCCGAGCAUCUUAUUGGAGUACCGUAAGCAUACACAUAAUACAUUGUUGACCGAAUCACAUGACCUGUUGCUAUUGAUUGUGCCGUAUUCUGACAUUCGUCUUUACCGAGUCAUUGAUUCUAUUUAGAUUUUUUCACGAAAUCAUUAAUUAAAAUGCAUCGUGUUCCAGGCACGAAGAAUCGAGAGGGGAGGGGCAAUAUUCCCCCUUUUUGACAACGUUCAUUUCCCGUUAUUUUUUUUAUUUUUUUACAUGCAACGUCAGGUUUUCUUACAUACAAAAUAAGAUACUAUCGUUUCAAUAACGGUGUGACACUUCGCUUGAUCUAGCGAGCUAAAUGUCUAGUGUAUAUUUCAAUGAAACGGGGUUUAAUUUUGUUCUCAGUGAACAAUCACAUUGAAAGGAUGAUAUAGCGUGGUCAUCCAAACUCACUGUUAUCAGUAAAACCACACAGCCAAUCAGUGAGUGAAUUUUGCACCUUCGAUCAAGCGAAGUGACACUGUCAUUUGAACGAUAGUACAUGUAUAUUGAACGACAGCAUCCCCUUUGUUGUAGUAUUGCAGAGUAAGAAUAUAAGCAUGAACUGGUGAAAAGCGAACCCAUAUAGUGAUAGAAAAAUGAUGCCCCAUUUUGAUUUUUGUGUGUCUAAAAUCGUAGACAAUUGUGAAGUCAAUUUCUCCUCUGGUAGCCCCCCCCCCCCCCCCCCCCUCCACUUUGAAAAGCUAUGCUACGUGCCUGUAUUAUAUACUAACGAAUAUUUAAUGAAACUGCAUUUAAUAAAUUUUAGAUUUAUUUCUUUUUCGACUGAUUAAUUAGUUCGGUGAUCUUUGACUCGGACAUUACACAAGUUUUUAAUGUUUUAAUAUCCCCCUUAAUGCAAACGAAAAAUACAUAUUUAUUCAAUACAUUUAUAUUUUGUUUGUUUUCUUAGGAUUUAUGUCAGCUUAAUUGGUCACUUGCAUGUCAGUAUUUUUUGUAUCUAACAAUAAAAUACAAAUUGCG